UUUGAAGGUAUUUACGAUACUAAAGGUGAUAGACUGCAGCUGUGUCACGGACUCCGAACGUUCGUUAGAAAAUCCUAAUCGAGUAUCACCAUGGCCAGUGCGAACGCUGCUAUCAACCAGAACGCUAUUGCGGUGGGUCUGGAAGAUCUCAAGAACGACAACGUUGACUUCACGCUGCUCGAGCAGGCCUUUGGCCCUGAGAGUCUUGGCAUCAUUGUUGUGAAGGACCUUCCUGAGAAAUUCCACAGGCUGAGGCACAAGCUGCUGUCAUACUCCUCUGCUCUUGCCAGUCUUUCACCAGAGGAGCUCGAGAAGCUUGAAUCACCAGCAGCAAAGUGGCUCGUUGGUUGGUCUUGUGGAAAGGAAACGCUCAAAGAUGGCCAGUAUGACACUCUCAAGGGCUCAUACUACGUCAACUGUGCGCCUGGGUUUGAGGAGUCGCAGAAGUCAGUCGCUGACAAGUACCCUUCAUUCUCAGAGUACACAGCUCCUAAUGUCUGGCCCUCGAAAGAGCUUCUGCCCGGCUUCGAGUCCACUUUUCGAGAGCUCACUACACUCAUUAUCGAGGUUGCAGUGCUCGUUGCUCGCGCCUGUGACAAGUAUGCUGAGGCCAACAUCGAAGGUUAUCAAAAGGGUUUCCUGGAGCACCUCGUCAAGACAAGCGUGUCGACCAAAGCGCGGCUUCUGCACUACUUCCCUUCCCCAGAACCUAGCAGUGGGGCUUCAGACGCAUCUAGCGGUGAAGAGGACGAUUGGUGUGCUACACAUCUUGACCACGGCUGCUUGACAGGUCUUACAUCUGCCAUGUUCGUCGACGAGGCUGCACAUGCGCCGCGGACCGGCGCAGCAUUUGCGCUUUUGAAAGAGCUCGAGCGCUCGCCCGAUCCAAAGGCUGGGCUCUACAUCCACUCAAGGACUGGGGCAACAGUCAAGGUCGGGAUACCGCGGGACUGUCUUGGCUUCCAGACUGGAGAGGCUCUUGAAAUCAUCACCAAGGGCAAGUUUAAGGCUGUUCCCCACUUCGUCAGAGGGGCUGGGUCCGGCAUUGGCGGGAAAGUUGCUAGGAACACAUUGGCCGUGUUUACCCAGCCUAACCUCUGGGAGAAGGUGGACGAGAGAAGAGAUUUUGCCGCGUUCGCGAAGGAGAUUGUGGAGAAGAACCACUGAGAGGCUGGAAAUGACAUCAUCUGUUAUCUGCAUCUUGAGUCUUGACCGCAUCUGCAGCGGCAGUGAGGAAGUGAUGGCAUUUGAUGAUAGAAUCAAGGCCUGGACUGGAGCGCGGCCCACCGCUGCCCUGGCCGAGAACGGCGCUUGGGUGUGUUGGGUAGCGGAUGCAGCCGGGCCCAAGCCUGCAGUGAGGAAGGAGGCGCGCUGCGCAAGAGCCUCAGCGCUGGGCACGCCAACAACAAAAAGAACAGCAUAGCGCAUCAUGAACUCGCCGAGCCCACGACGAUCAAACACCACACAUCGUGGGGGAAUUGGACGGAUGAAUAUUUUGCG